AAAGUGCGAAAAUAUUUUCCAGAAACCGCGGGAAAAAAAAAAAAAAAAAGUUAUCGGAUUCUCUUCCUCCUCGUCUCCGUCGUCUCCGUCGUUGGUUGUCGAAGUUUUGUUCGAGUUUAACAACGUUGUGGGAUCGUGAUAUUUUCUGGGGGUGUUUGUUUGCGUGGCAUGAUUUGAUAGAAAAUGGUGGCAGAAGCUAAGGUUGUGUGUCAGCAGAGCGUGCCGGUGCUGGAUGUUCAGUACUUUACCAAAAAUGUUCACGAAGUUGAAGAUGUAGUUGCAGUUACCCAAUCGAUUUCGUCGCCCAAGAGUUUUGACCGGAAUCUUUCUUCGGAACCGGUCUCCGCCGCCGCUCUCUUUAGCUCGCAAGCCGUCGAUGCUAAGCCUGUGGACAAAAUUCCAGAUUUGGUUCCUGCCUCGGCCGACCAGCAAUUCUUCCCCAAGCUGCGUUCUGGUAGCUUUGCUGACAUUGGACCCCGUAGAUACAUGGAAGAUGAACAUAUUCUAAUAGAUGAUCUAUCUUCACACUUGGGACCACUCUUUAGUUUUGCUAAGCCAAAUGCAUUUUAUGGGGUAUUUGAUGGACAUGGAGGACCUGAAGCAGCUGCUUAUGUCCGGAAAAAUGUGCUCAGACUCUUUUUUGAAGAUGCCAAUUUUCCCCGAACUUCUGACGUUGAUGAAAUUUUCUCAGAGAAGCUUGAGAACUCCCUCCGCAAGGCAUUUCAUGUGGUUGACCUUGCUUUGGCUGAUGACUGCAGUGUAAGCAGUUCUUCGGGGACAACAGCAUUAACUGCUAUGAUAUUUGGAAGGCUUUUAAUGGUGGCCAAUGCUGGGGACUGCCGAGCAGUACUCUGUCGGAAAGGAGAAGCCAUUGAUAUGUCUCAAGACCACAGGCCAAUAUAUCCCUCAGAAAGGAGGCGGAUAGAAGAAUUAGGUGGAUAUGUUGAUGAUGGGUAUCUGAACGGUGUCUUAUCAGUUACCCGAGCAUUAGGCGACUGGGACAUGAAGUUUCCUCGUGGAUCUUCUUCACCCCUAAUCGCCGAGCCCGAGUUCCGGCAGGUGGUUUUAACAGAGGAUGACGAGUUUCUAAUUAUAGGGUGUGAUGGGAUUUGGGAUGUGAUGUCUAGUCAGCAUGCUGUUAGCCUUGUUCGCCGCGGGCUGAGGCGUCAUGACGACCCCGAGCAGUGUGCCAGGGACCUUGUCAUGGAGGCUCUUCGCCUCAACACGUUUGAUAACCUCACGGUGAUCGUUGUAUGCUUCUCCCCCCUUGAGCACCGGGAUCUAUCGCCACAGCGAGAACGGAGAUUAAGGUGCUGCAGCCUCUCUGCUGAGGCCCUUUGUAGCUUGAGGGCCUUGUUGGACAGUAGUGCCAGUAGCUGAUUGUACAUGCAGUUUUUCAGUAAGGGUCUUCCUCGUAAGCGACCAUACAUUGUUUCGGCUGCUUCAGUCGCGAGAUAAAAAAGCAGCUAGCAGUUUUGUAGGUGUUUGGAUUACUCGUGUAUACCUCGGUGAAUUCAGGGUUGAUGUACAUACAUAAGAAAGGGGGUGUGGAUCGGAUGGCGUAGUGUUGUAAAAAGAUGCAUGUUGUUGAUACAUUCUUUCUUUUAGUUAGUCCAGUGUGAUUGUAUUGUCCAUCCGCUGUAGCCCUUUUCUAAUCCGGUCAUGUGUAUUUAUGUAUAUUAGUGGGAUCUUCAUUUUCAUUUUUCUUUCUUUC